AUGAACUUCGAUGAAUGGGAUAUGGGCCUUUUGGAUCAAACUUGGCUCCGUUCACACGUUGCGUGUGUUGGUCAACAAGGAGCCGCGGGCGUUGUCAUUUUCGAUGAGAAGAGCAUUUACGAAAACAUCGCAAUGGCGUUGCACGAUCAUCCGAACGGACUUCCAAGCCGGAGACAAGUGGAAGGCGCAUGCCGUGCUGCAUUGCUGCAUGAAUUUGUGCGAGAUCUACCUCAAGGCUACGAUACUCUUCUCGGUGGAGGUGCAGGCAUUGGUGUCAGUGGUGGGCAGAAGCAGAGGCUUGCGAUUGCACGGGCGUUGUUGCGGAAUCCAGCUGUUCUGAUUCUUGGCGAUUUACAGACGAGGCCACUUCCGCCCUCGACGCUAUGGCGACACAACAAAACGACUAUUGUUAUCACCCACGACCUCUCCCAAAUCACCGCUCAGGAUUUCGUUUAUGUGCUUAAGGAUGGCCGCGUCGUCGAACAGGGGUAUAGGUCUGACCUUGAGGAAGUCAAGGCCGAUUAUGGUAGUGACCAGGGCGAGUUCAAAAAGUUGAUGGAUGCUCAACGCGAGACUGGUGGUUUCCUCCCCGAGAAAGACGACGAGGAGAAGCCUGUGCCCGCUUUGGAUCUACAGGAAGAGGCCGAUGAGAACAAAGACAAGGAUACGCCACAGUACCUCAAGCAUCAGAGCCUCACCCUGCGACCAAUGACAUUCGGCGCAUGGAUGUUCUACGUUCUUGACGACCUCAUCGGUACUAAGCCUGCCAUCGCUGCCUCUGCCACCGUCCAUCCAUCCAACGAAACUCAGGAAAGUCUCGAAAAUCAACCUCGACGCGGCUGUGGAGGAACUCGAAUUCAAUUUGCAGAAGAAGACGAUGGAGAGGAGUAUCAAGACGUGGAGAGCGAAGAACCCCUCCCACCGUUCUGGGCGCUCAUGCGUAUCGCAUACAGGUCCAUCUCGCGCAAGCUUCUCCUUUUCUUCGGGCUCGUUGUCUGCGUGAUGAACGGUGCCAUGACGCCCAUUUUCUCCUACCUGCUCUCCCGCCUCUUGUAUGUGGUCUCCAUUGGCGCUCAGGACCUCAACGCCAUCAACACUUACGGUGGACUCGUGCUAGGCGCAGCGGGUAUGGAGGGGUUCCUCCUCGGUGUGAAGUACUUUGUCAUGGAGACCGUCGGAAUCUCGUGGGCCACGUCGCUGCGCAAGCGCACAUGCAGAAAGAUCAUGUCGCAAGACCGUGCAUGGUUCGACCUGUCCAAACACUCCCCCGCGCGCCUCGUGCAGAUUCUCAUCAAGGAUGGGGAUGACGCGCGGGACCUCAUUGCCGUUGUGUGGGGUCAGAUGGUGGUUGUGGUCGCGAUGUUGAGCGUGGGUCUAGUGUGGGCGUUGGUGGCGGGGUGGCAACUUACUUUGGCGGGCAUGGCGAUUGCACCGAUUUUUGCGGGUGUGAUGGCUAUCCAGACCAAGCUUGUGGGGAGGUGCGAGGUCAGGAACAAAAGAGCGAGGGAGGAAGUCGCGAGGGGAUACUACGACGUGAGUAAUGAUUAUAGCCAUCCAGACUCCGUACUAUCAACUAAACAGACAGUAGAUUACAAUGCUAUGUAA